UGAACAUUGAACAUUGAACAUUGAAUUUUAACACAUGAUGUUUCAAACAUCACUCUCUCUUUUUUCUUUCUUCUAACUUCUAAACUCCUUCUCAAAUUUUCUUCUUCUUACCCUUUCUUUCUUCAUUUCGGCUCUAUAACAUUGUGAGCCACCCUGCCCCAUUAUUUCCUACAAAGGUUCUGUAGUUCUGGUAAUCUAAAGUUCGGUCGUAUAAGAAAAAUUCAAGGGAGUUCUUCUGUUGAAGGAUUUUCUUCUUUUUCUCUCUGGUUUUAAUGGAGAAGUUUUUUGGUGAGAAACAGCAAAGAUUACCCUCAAACUCCAAACAAAUAGACCUUACUCUUAAGCUUUCUCCUUGUGGUGCUGAAAAUGUGGAAGAAAGGAGGUUGAUAAGGUCAUCAUCAAUGGUUGGAGAGAUAGGAAAUAUCAAUGUUCCAAAUUGGUUAGAGAGAUCUUGCUCUCUUCCAAUAGAUAGUGAGAAGAAGAGAAUGCUGCUAGAGAGGCAGAGAAGUGUGGCAGCUUCAGAGAUUCAUGGUCGAAGACAUUCAGCUGAAGGAGCAGUCGGUUCCAAUUUCGAGCAAUCAGCCAAACAGGAAAACAAUUCUGUGAUUUUCCAAAAACCAAUAGGCAAGGAAAAUCCACUUCCACCUAAGUAUGCUGAUGCUAAACUUGAGAAUCAAGCUAGAAAGCUUAAUCUCCCAAACUACUGCAGUCUUAAAGGUGAUGUGAUGGAGAUAUUGCGACAAAUGCCGACCGUGACAACGACCGGAGAUGGCCCAAAUGGGAAGAGAAUUGAAGGGUUUCUGUACAAGUAUAGGUCUGGUGAAGUUUGCAUUGUAUGUGUCUGCCAUGGUAGCUUCCUCACACCAAAAGAGUUUGUGAAGCAUGCUGGUGGAAAGGAAGUGGCUAAUCCAAUGAAGCAUAUCACUGUUUAUCCUGUCGCAUUUUAGAGAUCAAUGGUAAUAAUGUUUUUAUAAUAUUUCAGCUUUUCUUAGAAUGUAAAGGUAAGUUGAAACAAUGAAACUAUCUUUAAUUAGUUUAGAUUUAAUAAUUAUCCUA